AUGACUUUUCUAAGUAGCCCUUCAACAAAUCAUAUGAUAACUAAUUUGACAAAAAGAACAAACGAAUUUCAAUCAAAAAUAGAUGGCAUGUUAAAUAACAUAAGUACGGAAAGUUUACCUUUCCAAAAAAAAUCUUUUAUGUGUUGUGUUAAUUGUUUUGAUACGUACAACACAGAUUUUGAAACAAUAGGAAAAUGUGUAAAUAACUGUCAAAAAGGAACAGAGCAUUUUGUUCAGGUUGUUCAAAAUGAAAUGCAAAAUUUACAGAAUAAUUUACAAUCAUGUCAACAAUCGUGCUUUUAUAAGUACUCCCCAAACUAUGCCAAGAGCAAUUCUAACAUUGACGGUCCUACCAUAGAAAAAGAAAUGGAAACAUGUGUAGUAAAAUGUUUUGAUAAACACGAACCGAUGUUACCAGAAAUAUCUGACAGAUUGCAUAAAACGUUAAAGGAAGAAAUGAAAUAA